CCUCUGCAGAGAGAGAGAGCGAGAGAUGGAGAUGGGCAGACGGAUUCAUUUAGAGCUGUGGAACAGGGCGCCCUCUGAUGUGAAAGAACUUGCCCUGGACAACAGUCGGUCGAAUGAAGGCAAACUCAAAGGCCUCACAGAUGAAUCUGAAGAACUGGAAUUCUUAAGUACAAUCAACGGAGGCCUCACCUCGAUCUCAAACUUACCAAAGUUAAAGUUAAGAAAGCUUGAACUAAGAGUCUCAGGGGGCCUGGAAGUAUUGGCAGAAAAGUGUCCAAACCUCACUCAUCUAAAUUUAAGUGGCAACAAAAUUAAAGACCUCAGCACAACAGAGCCACUGAAAAAGUUAGAAAACCUCAAGAGCUUAGACCUUUUCAAUUGCGAAGUAACCAACCUGAACGACUACCGAGAAAACGUGUUCAAGCUUCUCCUGCAACUCACAUAUCUCGACGGCUGUUACCGGGACCACAAGGAGGCCCCUGACUCGGAUACUGAGGGCUACGUGGAGGGCCUGGAUGACGAGGAGGAGGAUGAGGAUGAGGAGGAGUAUGACGGAGCUCAGGUAGUGGAAGAUGAGGAGGGCGAGGAUGAGGAGGACGAAGGUGAAGAGGAGGACGUGAGUGGAGAGGAGGAGGAGGAUGAAGAAGGUUAUAACGAUGGAGAGGUAGAUGGCGAGGAAGAUGAAGAAGAGCUUGGUGAAGAAGAAAGGGGUCAGGAGCGAAAAUAAGAACCUGAAGAUGAGGGAGAAGAUGAUGACUAAGUGGAAUAACCUAUUUUGAAAAAUUCCUAUUGUGAUUUGACUGUUUUUACCCAUAUCCCCUCC